UGAUGUAAUUUUGUUUGUGUUUCACCCGGAAUCAGACGAGAACGCAAUAAUUUUUGAGAAAAAGUAUUUUUUUAAUUUUACCAAUCUUCUUCAAAUCAAAAAAUAAAUCGAUAAAAUGAGUGCAAUUACCAGCGAGUAUUUGAAGAAUGAAACCAUUGCAUCUCAACCGUGGCCCCAAAAAGCCUUCCUCUACCAACCGUACGAGGAGGAGCAGAUCCUGCUCGCGGAAAACGCCAGCUGCCUCGCGGUCCGCACCUAUCUAACCAUGCUGGACCUGCCGUUCACCGUCGAACUGCGCGCCAACUCGGAAUUUAUGUCCCCAGGCGGCAAGCGCACCAAACUGCCGGUGCUGCGCGUCGAAAACUACACGUACGCCGAGUUCGAACACAUCCUGAGCUUCGUCGAGCUGAAGGGCCACUCGCUGACGGCGGAGCUGGCGCCGGAGGAGAAGGACGACAUGCGGGCGCACCUCUGCCUGGUGGAGCAGAUCUUUACGAACGCGGAGCAGUAUGUUAGCUGGGUCGAUAAGGAGGUGCUGGAGAAGGUGACGCGGGCGCGGAAUGGGUCGGUGUAUCCGUUUCCGUUGAACUAUAUUCAGAACUGGCGCAAGCAGCUGGCCGUGAGGAGGCAGCUGGGGGUGGCGGAGUUUUUGAAGCUGACCCAGGAGGAGGUUACGGAUCGGGUGGAUAAGCUGUGCCAGUCGUUGAGCUAUCGGCUGGAUGAUAAGCCGUACUUUUACGGGAAGAAACCAACGGAACUGGACGCCCUGGUUUUCGGCCACCUGUUCAGCAUUUUCACGAUGACCUUGCCGAACAACGUGCUUGCCGUUACGAUCAACAAGUAUCGAAAUUUGACGCAGUUCUGCAAGAACAUUGAGGAGAAGUACUUCAAGCGCGUUUAAUUAGUUUACUGCAUUUAUAGCCAGGAAGUUUCGGAAGAUUAAAUCUGCCUCCAGCUGA